AUGGGCAUUGAUGUUUACAGUAGGCAAGGAGAUAUUACAAUUGGUGGAAUAUUUCCAAUUUUCACAUGGAAAGUCCCACCCGAAAACACAUUUCAGGAGAUGCCAGUUACAGAAAUGUGUGAUAUUUUUCAGAUAAGAGAAUACCGCUGGCUGCAUGCCUUUAUCUUUGUCAUUGAAGAAGUGAACAAAAUGCCAACUAUUUUAUCAAAUAUCACCCUGGGCUAUGGCUUACGUGACUCCUGUGAUGAUGCAACCAGAGCUCUUGAAGGAACAAUGUGGCUGAUGACAGGUAAGGGUGGCAUCAUUCCAAACUAUCGCUGUCAUACUGGGAAUCCUCUAUCUGCAGUUAUAGGUGAUUCGUCAUCUAGAAUAUCAAUAACCAUGGCCAGGGUUUUAGGGCUGAACAGAUAUCCACAGAUAAGCUAUUAUUCAUCCGUUGCCCUUCUUAAUGACAAAGUUCAGUUUCCAUCUUUUCUUCGAACAAUCCCAAGUGAUGAAUAUCAGUCUAUUGGGAUUGCUUGUCUCGUUGUUCACUAUGGCUGGAACUGGGUUGGAAUCCUGGCAGAGGAAACUGACUAUGGACAAAUGGGAGGCAUUGCACUAAAAAAUGAGUUACAGAUGGUUGGUGUUUGUAUUUCAUUCUUUGAAAAUGUACCCACCGUAGCUACUGAGAACAGGAUUAAAAGUAUAGUUGAAACUGUGAAAUCAUCAUCUGCUGCUGGUGUUAUACUGUUUUCUAUAGCUGAUAGCCUCUUCCCCCUUAUGGACAGGUUUAGUAAAUAUAAUGAUUUUGGUAAAGUAUUUAUUGCGACAGAUGGUUGGAUUUCUUCUCCAAUGUUUUUCCAAAAAGAUUAUUUCAGCAUAUUAGAUGGUACAAUUGGAUUUAUGGUUCGAAGAGGUGAAAUGCCUGGUUUCAAGGAAUAUCUGUUUGCCCUUCACCCUUCUUCACAUUUAGAUUACCCAUAUGCAAAUAUAUUCUGGGAAUCUGUUUUUAAUUGCAAGUGGGCCAGUCCAAAUGGUGAACAAAUGGAGUAUAAUAUGCAUAACACUGACUACACAAACUGUACUGGAAAUGAAGAUUUACAUAAUGCUAAUAUUGCAUUUUUUGAUUUUAGUAGUCUAAGAAUAACCUAUAAUGUGUAUAAUUCAGUUUAUUCUAUCAUACAAGCAAUGCAUGACUUGCAGAUCUGUGUACCAGGAGAAGGACCUUUUACCAACGGGACAUGUGCAGAUAUAUAUACUUUCAAAUCAUGGCAGCUCCUCCAUUACCUGCGGAAUGUACACUUUCUGAAUAACGCAGGUGAGGAAGUAUUCUUUGACAUAAAGGGAAAUGCUCCAGCCAUCUAUGAUAUAAUAAACUGGCAAAAUUCUACCAGUGGAUUGCUUCAGUCUAAAAUAGUGGGUCGAUUUCUUUCUAGUAGUCAAAAGCCUAAGGAGCUUACCCUUUAUGACAAUAGUAUAAAAUAUAAUAAAGGGCAGACACAGGUCCCAUGGUCAAUUUGUAGCGAAAGCUGCCCUCCAGGUUACAGAAAGGCCCCACGAAAGGGGCAACCAGUCUGCUGUUUUGACUGUGUCCUCUGCUCAGAAGGUGAAAUUUCAAAUCAUAGUGAUUCUACUUUCUGCUUACAGUGCUUGGAAGAUCACUGGCCUAAUGCAAAACAGACUGUAUGUAUUCCAAAAACUGUGGAGUUUCUCUCAUACCAAGAAACACUUGGAACUGCAUUGGCAGCCAUCAUAGUUAUGUGUUCCUUCCUUCCGUGUGGUGUGCUGCUCUUAUUUCUCAAAUAUCGAGAUACCCCAAUUGUAAAAGCUAACAAUCGGGAACUCAGUUACAAUCUGCUUUUAGCACUGUCAUUGUGUUUUCUCUGUUCAUUGAUUUUUAUUGGACAACCAAAUCAAACAACAUGCUUACUACGUCAAGUUGCUUUUGGUAUAGUGUUUGUGCUCUGUGUCUCCUGUGUGCUUGCAAAAACUAUUAUGGUGGUUAUAGCUUUCAAGGCAACAAACCCAAAUAGUAAGCUAAGAAUGUGGGUUGGUUCUAAACUGUCAAAAAGCAUAGUGGUUGUAUGUACAUCAGUGCAGUUGCUUGUGUGCAUAUCUUGGUUGUGUAGUUGUCCACCAUUUCCACAAAACAACAUGAUGUCCCAGAAAGGAGUGAUAAUAAUUGAAUGUAAUGAAGGGUCUCAGGUGUUCUUCUGGUCAGUGUUGGGAUAUAUGGGCUGUUUAGCUUUCCUGUGUUUCAUAGUUGCAUUCUUUGCUCGAAACUUGCCUGAUAGUUUUAAUGAAGCAAAGUUCAUUACAUUCAGCAUGCUAGUUUUUGUCAGCGUCUGGCUGGCUUUUAUUCCAGCUUAUCUUACCUCUAAAGGAAGAUACAUGGUAAUGAUGGAAGUAAUAGCCAUACUGUUUUCGAGUUUGGGUUUACUUUUUUGUAUAUUUUUCCCUAAAUGCUAUAUAAUUAUGCUUAGACCAGAAAUAAAUACUAAAGAUUAUUUAACUGGUAAAGCAAAUCUGAAAACAGUGAAAUGA